UAUGGUCUUUCAAUGUGCGAGCGGAUGCUCAGGCACAGAUCUAGACCAGGCGUGAGAACGAAAGGAUGAUUUAGAAAAGGGGACAGGCCACAAUUUUGCGCAAGCGCAGGAAGAGCGUUGGGGCUCUUUGGACGGCGAGUCGUUCAAAAGAAGCGACGCUGUUAAAUUGAGAGCUUGGCUGAACGUAGAUAAGGCCGGGUUUUCCAUGGAGUGAGUGGCGCCUCUGGCUGGCUAACGGUGGCUGGAACUGGACGUAACUUCCACAGGACGGAGUGGAGAAAAGCCAGCAAAACAGUUUUUUGAUUUCGUUCUUGCUGUUCUUCGACUCAAGCCUUCUUGCCUCGCUCGGGGUUGUCUCAGGGAGUAUGAAAGUUCCGCCUUAGCCCCAGCCCCGAAACAGCGGUUCUAGCGGCUUCCUAUUUCCUCUGACUAGGAGGAACGGCCGCUAUUGCUCACUUUUCGGUGAGAAGUGGUGAGGUGGCUGGCGGCGCCUGAAAUUGAGAAGCACAGGCUCUAUCUGCGGCGUUAUUUGUCCGGCCGUGAGGCUCCUAGCCUUCUAUCUGCUGAAGUGUCUCACCGCGCUCCUGCCGUCGAUCUUCGUGAAGAGAUUUUGCAAAAGCGAGACCCGAUAAGACAUUGUAAUCUUCACUUACUCCUCCAAUUAAACUUUGUUUAGAUGUAGAGUAUUUUCUCCCCCCGGAACUUGCAUUGCAAGCCCUGGAUACUUUGCACGGAAUUUGUAUGCUUGGCUCAUGAUGACUUUGUUCCUGAAAGACUGGUGUUAGUUUAUAGUUAAUUGGUUUAUAGCUAGUUAACUUUGGUGAAGGAAGCAAAACAAGACAUUCCUUCACCUCCUUAUUGAUGGGCAGAAAACUCCUUAAUCUCUUUUAUUACAAUUUCUUGAGAAAUUGUGAUUCCUUUACACAGACUUAUCAAGAGCAGGAAAGUUUGGGUCCAAUAUACAAUGGAGCAUGGCAAAAUGGAUUAUUUCUGUGAACAAGUACAACAAAAAGAUGUGGGCCGCAGGUUGCAAGUUGGCCAGGAAUUUCUGGAAUAUUUGAAUGAUCCCAGCAUUUCUACUGAUCUUGAGCAGGAUCAACAGUGUCUUGAUAAAGUAAUCGAUGAAUUAACAAGAUGGGUUAACUCUAGUAAUUAUAAGGUAUCAUUACUUGGAUUAGAUCUUCUAGGUGCCUUUGGUGAAAGACUAUUAGGACGUUUCAGAACCUAUGUAGGAACUGUUCUCGUAGCACUGAUGGAUCGACUAGGAGAUGCCAAAGACCAGGUUCAAGAACAGGCGCAGAAUCUUAUUUUGAAGUUAAUGGACCAAGUAGCUCCACCAAUGUUCAUUUGGGAGCGGCUUGCUGCUGGCUUUAAACACAAGAACUAUCGUUCACGAGAAGGCGUGUGUCUGUGUCUUGUUGCAACAUUAAAUGUUUAUGGUGCACACUCACUAAUUCUCAGCAAACUGGUACCACACUUAUGUCUUUUGUCUGGAGACCCCAGUAGUCAGGUGAGAGAUGCUGCAAUUGUGGCACUUAUGGAGAUUUACAAACAUGUAGGAGAAAAAGUAAGAGUGGAUCUUAACAAGAGAGGAAUUCCUGCUGCAAGAUUGCAAACAAUAUUUAUGAAAUUCGAUGAAGUAAAAAAUAGUGACAGUAUGAUUUCAAGCAGUAUCAGUGAUAAAAGCAUUGAUGAUGAAGAAUCAGGGGAUGGAAAUAGGCCAUCUGCAACUGCCUCAGGUUUCAAGGUUCCUGCACCUAAAAAACCUGGAAAUCCUUCAAAUACAACAAAAAAGCCAGGAUCUGCUGGUGGGCCCAAGGUUGUAGGCACUACCAAGGAAGGAGGAGCUGGUGCUGUUGAUGAAGAUGAUUUCAUAAAGGCAUUUACAGAUGUUCCUACUGUACAGAUUUAUUCUAGUCGUGAACUUGAAGAAACACUAAAUAAAAUCAGGGAAAUCUUGUCAGAUGAUAAACAUGAUUGGGAUCAGCGCACUAAUGCGCUUAAGAAGGUCAGGUCAUUACUUGUUGCUGGAGCUGCGCAAUAUGAUGGCUUUUUCCAGCAUUUACGACUGUUGGAUGGAGCAUUUAAAUUAUCUGCUAAAGAUCUCAGAUCACAGGUGGUUAGAGAAGCAUGCAUCACAGUAGCCCAUCUUUCUACAGUUCUGGGAAACAAAUUUGACCAUGGAGCAGAAGCCAUUGUGCCUACUCUAUUUAAUCUGGUCCCUAAUAGCGCCAAAGUAAUGGCUACUUCUGGAUGUGCAGCCAUUAGAUUUAUUAUCCGUCAUACACAUGUGCCAAGACUCAUACCUUUAAUAACCAGCAACUGUACCUCAAAAUCUGUUGCAGUAAGGAGGCGCUCUUUUGAAUUUCUAGACCUAUUGUUGCAAGAAUGGCAAACCCAUUCUUUGGAAAGGCAUGCAGCUGUUCUGGUUGAAACUAUCAAGAAGGGCAUUCAUGAUGCUGAUGCUGAGGCAAGAGUGGAGGCACGAAAGACUUAUCUAGGCCUAAGAAAUCAUUUUCCUGGUGAGGCAGAAGUUCUGUAUAAUAGUCUUGAACCAUCCUAUCAAAGAAGUCUCCAGACUUACUUAAAGAAUUCUGGUAGCAUUGCAUCACUUCCACAAUCAGACAGGUCAUCUUCCAGCUCACAAGAAAGUCUAAAUCGUCCCUUUUCUUCAAAAUGGUCCACCUCCAGUUCUGCAAGUAUGGCUAAUAGAGUUUCAAGUGGCAGCAAAGCAGAUCCGACCUUAGGAACGCUGCAGAGGUCUUGCAGUGACAUUGAUGUUAAUGCUGCCGCUGGGGCAAAGGCACGUCAUGCUAUCAGUCAGCCAUCAGGAACUGGUCACUUAGCAACUGCUGGUCUACCUCCAGGAUCAUAUGCUUCCCUAGAGGAUACUUCUGAUAAGAUGGAAGGAACAGCUUCUGAAGAUGGACGUGUGCGAACCAAGUUUUCAACACCCUCUAUUGGAGUGGGAAAUUCAAAGGCAGAUUCCAGGGGCAGGAGUCGAACAAAAGUUGUAUCUCAGUCUCAACCUGGAAGCCGUUCUGGUUCUCCUGGAAGAGUUUUGACUACAACUACACUUUCAACUAUGAAUACAGGUAUUCAGAGAAUGCUAGUCAGCUCUGCAACAGCACAAAAACGGAGCAAGAUUCCUCGAAGCCAAGGAUGCAGCAGAGAAGCAAGUCCUUCAAGAUUGUCUGUUGCUCGAGGUAGUCGCAUUCCUCGACCUAGUGUAAGUCAGGGAUGCAGUCGGGAAGCCAGUCGGGAAAGUAGCAGGGAUACAAGCCCUGUCCGCUCUUUUGCACCCCUUGGUUUUGGAAUUAGUCAAUCAAGCCGAUUGUCUUCAUCAGUUAGUGCCAUGCGUGUCUUAAACACAGGCUCCGAUGUUGAAGAAGCAGUAGCAGAUGCUUUGAAAAAGCCAGUUCGAAGGAGGUAUGAAUCUUAUGGAAUAUACUCUGAUGAUGAUGCUAACAGUGAUGCUUCCAGUGCCUGCUCAGAAAGAUCCUAUAGCUCACGAAAUGGCACAAUACCCACCUACAUGCGACAGACAGAAGAUGUUGCUGAGGUCCUUAACCGCUGUGCAAGCUCCAACUGGUCAGAGAGAAAAGAAGGUCUUCUUGGUCUACAAAAUUUAUUAAAAAAUCAGAGGACAUUAAGUCGUGUUGAAUUAAAAAGAUUGUGUGAAAUCUUCACCAGGAUGUUUGCUGAUCCUCAUAGCAAGAGAGUGUUCAGCAUGUUUUUGGAAACUUUAGUAGAUUUUAUUCAAGUUCAUAAAGAAGAUCUACAGGAUUGGCUUUUUGUGCUGCUGACCCAGCUUCUGAAAAAAAUGGGUGCUGACUUGUUGGGAUCGGUGCAAGCAAAAGUUCAGAAGGCUUUAGAUGUGACAAGGGAAUCAUUUCCAAAUGAUCUUCAGUUCAGUAUUUUAAUGCGGUUUACUGUUGAUCAAACUCAAACACCAAGCCUGAAGGUGAAAGUUGCAAUCCUUAAAUACAUAGAGACACUUGCACAACAGAUGGACCCAGGAGAUUUUGUAAAUUCCAGUGAAACUCGCCUGGCUGUAUCUCGAAUUAUUACUUGGACAACAGAACCCAAAAGUUCAGAUGUUAGGAAGGCUGCACAAUCAGUGCUGAUUUCUCUUUUUGAACUCAAUACCCCUGAAUUUACAAUGCUGUUGGGUGCUUUACCAAAAACAUUUCAAGAUGGCGCCACAAAGUUGCUUCACAGUCACCUCCGGAAUACAGGCAAUGGGGGACAGGGGCCCAUGGGAAGCCCAUUAACAAGGCCUGUUCCACGCUCACCAGCUAGUUGGUCUAGCCCCAUCACUUCACCAACCAAUACAUCCCAGAACACAUUAUCACCAAGUGCAUUUGAUUACGAUUCUGAAAAUAUGAAUUCAGAAGAUAUAUAUAGUUCUCUCCGUGGAGUGACUGAAGCAAUUCAGAACUUUAGCUUCCGCAGUCAGGAGGAUAUGAACGAACCUAUGAAACGGGAUUCAAAAAAAGAAGAUAGUGAUUUAAUUUGCAGUGGGUCUGGAAUAGUAGAUCUACGAACAGGAACUGGUGUGACUGAUACAGGCCGAACAGUUCUUGACAACAAAACUUCAUUACUUAACACUAUGCCUCUUCAUUCCUCCCCACGGUCACGUGAUUAUAAUCCAUACAAUUAUUCUGAUAGUGUUGGUUCUUUUAAUAAAUCAGCUUUAAAAGAGGCUAUGUUUGAUGAUGAUGCAGAUCAGUUUCCUGAUGAACCUUCCCUGGACCAUUCUGAUCUAGUCGCAGAAUUGCUAAAGGAAUUAUCAAACCAUAAUGAGAGAGCUGAAGAACGGAAGGCUGCUCUUUAUGAGCUAAUGAAAUUGACUCAGGAGGAGUCUUUUGGUGUUUGGGAUGAGCACUUCAAAACAAUUCUUCUUUUGUUACUUGAAACUCUUGGAGACAAAGAGCAUACAGUUAGAGCCCUGGCACUGAAAGUCUUAAGAGAGAUUUUAAGACAUCAACCAGCAAGGUUUAGAAAUUAUGCAGAACUCACAAUAAUGAAGACUUUAGAAGCUCAUAAGGACCCUCAUAAGGAGGUGGUAAGAUCAGCUGAAGAGGCUGCUACUAUGCUGGCCACAUCUAUUAGUCCAGAUCAAUGCAUCAAAGUACUUUGUCCCAUCAUUCAAACAGCAGAUUAUCCUAUAAAUCUGGCUGCAAUCAAAAUGCAGACCAAAGUUACUGAAAGAGUACCUAAAGAAAUUCUUGCUCAACUUUUGCCAGAGAUAGUGCCAGGUUUAAUACAGGGCUAUGAUAACUCUGAAAGCAGCGUUCGAAAGGCAUGUGUCUUCUGCCUUGUAGCUAUUCAUGCAGUAAUUGGUGAUGAGCUGAAGCCACAUCUUAAUCAACUCACUGGCAGCAAAAUGAAAUUGCUGAAUCUUUAUAUCAAGCGGGCACAAACAGGAUCUGGAACAGGUGAUGCCUCAGCAGAUGUUCCAGGACAAAGCUAGUAAUCCUGAAAUCCAUAUUUUAAAUAAGAGGAAAGACACAUCAAUAAAAGGAAAAUUCUCAAAUGCACCUCAAAGAGCUUUUCUUCCUCUCAAUCUUUUUCCCUCUAAUGAAGGGCUGCUCAGCCUGCAUGUGACUGUUUCAAUAAUUCCAUAUCCAAGGGAAGAGACAGUAUUAAUAUCACUUGACUGAAGCAAAUUAUUAUUUUUUAACUUAACAUAUCAUGUUUUCUGUUUGCACUCUUCUGUGUGUUUUUCCAUUGAUGUUUAUCAGUGUUAAUGUACAUAUUCAUUUUCAAAAAAAAAAAAAACCCUAAUUGAAAGGAAUGCUUUCAAGUCUAAAUGUCCUCAUUUUUGCUCAACUGCAAAGUAACAUGGCUUUUCCUUCCUGGUUUUAAUAAUCAUUUUUAGAGAGGGAUACUUCUGGUGGAUGCACAAAGUGGGAAGACAGAGAAUGCUGGAUUGAGCUGAACCGCAACUAGACCAGUCUCUUCAUAUGUUAUCAUAAUAUACAUCUUCAUAUAUUAUCAUAAUGCCAAUUGCAGGAACAGAAAGCAAUGUUCAUAAAGCUUGAUUGAUCACCCAUUGAAUGUUUGUUAUAUAAACAAAAAUUCAAUGCAGAUUAGGAGGAAAAACUCUGGCCUCCUAUAUGGAAAUCUAUAUAGAAUAUAGCAUUGCAAAACUGGAUAGUAUAGCAUCCUGCUUUCCUAGAUCAGGGUAAGUAAAAUCACUUAAUGGAUAUGAACCAUCUGUAUCAUUUUCAAGCAAGAUGGUUCAGAAUAGAAUGCUUUGUAUAAGUAUGCUUGGUAUAGCUAUCAUUUGUCAGUAGAAUACUUCCUCUCAGCCUAAUUAUUGAAACCAAUAUUUCUGUCAAUCUCAUUCACAUAAGAAUACAUGACAGCACUGCAGGAAACUGUUCUACAAUGAUACUUGCAAGAUUGGAGAUUGGUGCACUGAUUGUUUUAAAGAUAUGGGGGUAGGGAAAACUCGUAUUACAGAUCUUGAAACCACUGGUUUGGGAGUUUAAUUUGAGUUGGAAAGUAGUCCUAAAUUCAUUGCAUGGUUAUCUUGAGAUUAUGUUGAUCUGGUGUUAUUGCAGCCAUCUGGAGUAUAAGAUAUGGAAAUGUUUUCAGAUUUUUUCUGUAACCUUUUAAAAAGUUUAUUAUGAAUAAUGCAUCCUUAUAUUUAUGGAAUGAAUAGUCAAAGAGAGAAUGAAAAUAAAUCUAUUUCUGUUUCUCAGACAAAAAUACCAAGAUUCUUAGCUGAGGGGGGUGAGAAUAAAAUCUGUAUGCAUCUCACAAUACCUGGAAUAACUUUUUGUUGAAUUAUCUUGUUUUAGGGAUUGUGUAUUUACAGGAGAAAUUAUAGCAGUGCCAAGGAUGAUGGAUUUUUCUGCUAGACUAAGAUUUUCUCUACCUCUUCAGGGUGAAUACUUUUGACUAAGCUGCUAUCCAUAAUGUCUUGUGAAAAAAAUUGUCUAUAAAAUAAUUAUUUUAUUUUAUUUUUCUUCUUUUGCUAUUACAAUAUAUGUUCAGAGUCUAGUACCUUAACAUGCAGCCAAAUACUGUUUUUAAAAGAACUAAUAUCAUAAUUUGCUUAUUACUUUGUAAUAAACAGAAUACUUUCAGCUAUCUAAUGAGAAUUGACUUUUAUCAGAAAUUAUUCUGACUGGAAAAUAAAAAAAUAUAUAGUUAUUGAAAAUGCAAACUGCUGUUUCAAAAAGAUGUUCUUUGGGAAAAUACUUUAGAAAUAAAUGUAAGGAGAAAAUUACAUUAUUCAUCACUCGCUCUUUUAGCAGCUGCAAAUCAGGAAAAUAGUAUUUUCUUCUUCAUUCUCUUAUGCGUAACAUUCUUGUUUUUACUGUUCAAGUACAUUGUGUAUUUAUAAUUCACUGCUUACCAUUGUGGAUAUACAGGCAAUAAAGUGUACAUAGCAUUACUUGAAAAAUUAAA